AUGGACGACUACAAACACCUCUUUAUACAAUGGCUAGAAGAGGAAGCAAUAGCAGCCACUAAGAAAGGUUCUAAAUUGGCGUUACUCUACAAUCGAGCGUUGGAUCAAGUGCGUCGAUAUCCUAGUGAAAUCACAACCCUUAAAACCCUCAGACUGAUCAAGUUUGUUGGGGAAAAGACAGCCAUUUCACUCAAACGGAAACUAAUCCUGCAUUGUCAAACUGAAGGAAUAGAACUUCCAGAGUCAUUUGAUCCCGCACCGGAAGAAACAGGACAUCCGACAAAGAAACAACGAGUCACCAAGCCAAGAAAAUACAUACCCAAGUAUAGAUCUGGAGGGUACGCGAUACUAAUAGCAUUAUACCACCAUGACAAAGCCAACAGAGGUCUCUCCAAAGAUUCAGUAAUCGAAUAUGCAGCGAAGCACUGUGACAAGUCAUUCACCAGCAAUGCCGCAGCUUCUGAUUUCUACUCGGCGUGGACCUCAGUGAAGACACUAAUCACCCAUGAUUUGGUGAGCUGUACAGGUCGUUCUCCCAAAUUGUAUUUCCUCACUGAAGAAGGGAAAGAACUUGCCCAGAAGUUACGACUGACGCAAGAUAUAUCGUCACCGGUAGCUUCCAGCCAACUGGAGAUGUCGUUUGAUAAUGGGGUACGAUACAUGUCUUCGCCAAUACCCAGGAAACCAGCAACUGUAUACGAUCACGAUGUAAACAACAGAAUAUACAAUGGUACCAAAUAUGAAAUAUGGCACAAGGGAGAGUAUGAAAUUAUAUUAUGCUUGGAUAAUCGAGAAAUCCGCUCCAAGCAAGACCGUGACUUCUUUCCUACAAGACUUGCUCAGUUAGAUACAGAGUGUCAAGUGCGUGCACUUUCUGUCGGUGAUGCAGUAUGGAUUGCCAAACAUAAACAAACCAAUAAGGAAGUGGUGCUUAAUUAUAUCUGUGAACGGAAACGACUUGAUGAUUUAGCUAGCUCGCUCCGAGACGGACGGUUUCAUGAACAAAAGUCGAGAUUGAAGAAGACGGGAAUGAAACACUACUACUAUUUAGUUGAAGAUAUAUCAGGAGUGUUUAACGAAAUCAACGGAGAAUCGUUGCAAACGGCAGUGUCAGCCACAAUGACCACCUCAAGACUAUAUCUCCGUAGAUUCAGAGAUAUUGAUGAAACAACAGCAUUUCUCGCUUCAACUACGAAGGUAAUUGCGAAUAUCACGUCAACCCUCUUAGUUUUAAGGCCUGCCGAUUUGAAAAACCAACAAGAGUACACAACGCUCUUGCAAUUCUUUCGAGAAAAGUUUGAACCCAAGUAUGAAUGCGUGCAUCAAUUUCAAACUUUCCAAGAUAUGUUGGGUAAAACUAAUGUUAUGACUGUCCGAGAAAUGUUUAUUCUUAUGUUAAUGACAAUAAGAGGGGUGUCUUUAGAACGAGCUAUUGUAAUUCAAAAGAGAUUUUCUACGCCGAAACAGUUGAUUGAAUUUUAUAGAGAAGGUGGGGAUAAAGAUCUGUUGAUGAAAGAGAUGGAUUCACUUGGACUUGUAGGGAACAAAAAGAUUGGAAAGGCUGUGCUGGAGCGAGUAUUUGAAGUAUGGGGGUGCAAACAUACGUGACACUGUAUAGACUAGGGUGGUCGUGCACCAAGCACAAAAUCAACAAGUAAAAUUUUUUUUUCUACUAACAAAAAAAAAAAUUUUCCAGUAUGGAAAAUACCAAACACAUAUAGAAUAAUAAAAGUAGAUUCAAUCAUGGGAAACAAGUUGUUGAAAUAUGGUGGGAAAUCUGGUAUCCUCCCCAAACACCGUCCUAUAUUUAAAUCGCCAAUUCGUCAGCCAACACCCUACGAAUUAGCCGAACACGCCAAGAUCGAACAAGGUAUCGUUGAAGCUUUGCCUGUCCCUAAACACAAGAACGGUAAGGAGUUACAACGAGUCCAGCCAUUCAAGAAAGUCAUUACUGUUGAUGAAAGAAUCCAGCACAUUAUCGAACGUGCUGCCGAGAAAGAUUCCAAGAUUGAUACUUCCAAGCUCACUGAUGAACAAAAGUGGAAGUUGAAGCGAGACGCUAUUCGUCGUGAAUUCUUGCGUGAGGCUUAUGUUCUUGAAGCCAAGAGAUUAGAAGAGAUUGAUAGACGUAGUGAGAAAUUGAGAAUCAAAGAACAACAAAAGAAGGAAGCUGAAGAAAGAGAAUUGCUUAAACAAGAAGAAGAAAAUGCUAAUGUGGGUAUUCCAACCGUGGAAAAGUUAUUGACUGAAGGUAUGAUGCGACCAAGAACCGAAGAAGAAAAGGAAUUACUACAAGCCAAGAGAGUAUUGAACUGUCAUGCUAAGGAAUUAAUCCAAAAGGAAGCCAGAGCCAACAACUUGUUGGAUUUAUACCAUGCUGCAGGAAAUUUCAUCACCACCGAAGCCGAAUUAGAUGAAGCUAUUCACAAGGCAUUCGAAGUCGAUUUAGGUAAGUUUGUCACCAAUGAAACCUCCAUCGAAGCUAAAUUACAAACUCCAAACCUUGCAUACUUGACAGUCAAGAUGAAUGAACUGUUGAUUACCGACCAAGUCUUGGGUGAAAUCAACGGUAAACCGGGCUUGGACCAAGUCAAGGAGAUUUUAAGUGGGGAGACCGAAAAGACCAAGAGAGAAGUUCAAAUGAAUUUAGAUGUGUAAAUAGUCAUGUAAAUAAAACAACCGUAUUGUCAGCCUUGUAGACUUUGUGAACCUUGUGAACCUUGUC